AUGUCAAGUGAACCGUUAAUUCGAUUCGGUCAUGAUUACGGCGGCUCAAGCAUUAAUCUACAAUUCUCUGAGCAUGAAGAUGAGCGGGUGGUGCUUAACAAACGAGUUACAAAUGGUUAUAAAAUGCCUCCAUCAUUGAAAGCAAAAUUGAUAUGCGAAUUAUUAGGUACACUUAUAUUCGUCUUUUUUGGAGCGGGUUGUGCAGCAAAAAGUCCAGAUUUGUUAACAGCAGCAACUGCACAUGGACUUGUUACUAUAUGGUUAGUCUAUGUUUUGGGGCCAGUAUCUGGUGGUCAUUUCAAUGCUGGUGCUACGAUAGCGUUUGCUAUAAAUGGUAAAAUGAAAAAACGUGAAAUCAUUGGAUAUCUUCUAGCUCAAGGUGUUGGUGCCGUCAUUGCUGGCUAUAUGCUUCUAUUAUUAUAUGGAAAUAACAACAGCACAACAAAAAGAUUAGGUACGCCAGCUUUAAAUCACGGCGCGUCAGGUUACGAUGUGACGGUAUUACAAGCAUUUUUUAUUGAAUUUUUUUGUACCAUAUUUUUAUCAUUCAUCAUAUUCUUCACAACUUCAUACAAUUCACAUAAAGAAGCAGCCGUAGCUAUUGGACUCACCGUAUUUUCAUCGUUUCUGGUCGGAGCAGAUCGUGAUGGUGCUGCUUUGAAUCCAUGGAGAUGGUUAGGUCCGGCAGUAGCAUCACAAACAUUUUCGUAUUACUCAUGGAUUUAUGUUGCUGGUCCAAUCGGAGGAUUCAUCGUUGGCCAUGUAUUUUUUCGUUUGUAUAAACUAAUUUGGAAUAUUUAA